AACACCAGUGGCCGUAUGGCGCCGCGUUGAGUAACAGAAGGAAUAUGCUACUUAAAUAUCGAUGAGAGAAAGAUAACUUGCAAUGUACUUCAAUCGGCUUGCUAUGCAAACGCAUCAGCCUGCAUUUCGCUCUGAGCCCCCCGGACUGUAAGCAACAUUCGCAUCAUUCUAAGCUUCGCUCUCACCCGCCAUUAUGUCGCUUCUUUUUAUGUUUCGUAUUAUUACAUUGACCAUAUCUGGUUAUCUUACAAAGUGCAGUUGUUACGAGCUUCCUGAGUCAUACAACAAGAGAUUACGGCCAAAUGUCGGAGGUCCUCCAGUCGAGAUACGGGUAGGACUGUAUGUCGAGAGUCUGGGUGCUAUAGAAGAGAGCACGAUGGAUUUUCGUUUGACGCUGUACUUUCGGAAGCACUGGAAUGACCCUCGACUUGCCUUCAAUAAAACACACGAAAGAAUAUUCGUGUCUAACGACGGGGAUAUAUUUUGGUCCCCGGACCUCUACUUUCUUUAUGAAAAAGGUGGUCACGCACAUGACAUCACCGUUCCUAACAUUGUGACGACCAUUCAACCCGAUGGAACAGUUUUUAGAAGCACAAGGGUCACAUUAACUUCAGCUUGCUUCAUGAGUCUACAUCGUUUUCCAUUUGAUUCUCAGAGGUGUUCACUAAACGUUCUGAGCUACAGUUACACGACAAAGGAUAUGAUGCUAACAAUUAAGGAUGAAGAUGUCGAAAUCCCGAAAGAAUUGAUUAUUCCUAGUUUUGUCCUGCAGUCGAAGUGGAACACUAGUGGGAGUGUCUUGAAUUUGGUUACCGCAGGAAACUAUAGCAUGGUGACUAUUUCCUUCACAUUUCAUCGUCAGAUGCAGUCAUUCCUUCUGACUGUCUAUAUCCCUAGCAUGCUUUUGGUCACAGUGGCUUGGCUUUCAUUCUGUAUCGAUGCUGAAGCAGCUCCUGCAAGGGUCUCCCUUGGGAUAACAACCGUACUCACCAUCACCACUAUGACUGCUGGGAUGCAGGAAUCACUUCCGGUGGUCACUUACGCAAAGGCUAUUGAUAUCUGGCUAGCAGCCUGUCUUUUCUUUGUCUUUACGGCCUUGAUUGAAUUCGCUCUGGCUAAUUAUCUACUCAUCGUAAGAAAAAAACGAAAAGAAGCAAUCGAGGCAUUGGAACAAUCGCAUAAAUCAUCUUGUGGGGCUAAUACCAAACUUGGAUUAAGCGACGAACAGCUGAUUAGAUACCAAGCACAGUAUGCUGCACCACUCAAAACCACUCCUGAUGUUUGUGAUGAAGAAACCCAAAAGACUAAGGUUGUCAUUGAGCCAUGGACGGCAGAUAGAGUAGAUUGUAUGGCAAGAUACAUCUAUCCAGUUGCCUUCACAUUGUUUAACUUCAUUUAUUGGCCUUUCUACAUUUACAUCGAUGAAACUUCAUUCUAUUAAGUGAAGAAGUGAAAUAAACAAUUUAAACAUUCACAUCAUGGUUCCCACUGAGGGGGCGGCCGGGGGGGGGGUGGGUGGCUUAGGGCACUCUCCACAAAAAGUACGACCUUGCAAGAAAAAUGAAGAAAAACAAGGAAAAGGAGAAAGGAGAAUCAUAGGGAAAAGGUUGAAUUAUAUCUGUUUGAUUAUCAUGUCAAAAUCGAUCACAGAAUUAUAUAUAUAUUUUUUUUCUAUUUUAUAGAUGUGAAAUGUUUUAUUAGUCGCUUCGCUCGCUCGCGUCUUUUAACAAAUUUUGCUUUAUGUUAUGUUCUGUCCACUCAAUUUUAUGACUCAAUACGACACUGAUGAUCUUUAUGUUCUACCUUCUUUUCAAUUCGUUUUUUCUGAGACCUCGAAGGAGUGCCAAACAUAACCUCACACUUUCAAAAACUUUGCUUACUCAAAUGCUUACCAUUUGGCAAAUUAAAUUGGUAUACUCCAGGCUGAAAAAAUAAUAUCUAAAUAAAUAGUUUGAAAUUCAGCAAGCGAAAAUGCUGAAAACUUAAUCAAACCCUGAUAAGAAAUAACAAAGUUUUUCUUAAUUUUAGAUUUAGCAAUGUUUUGUGGAAACAGUUAGAUUGAUGCAGUCAUGAAUAUGCAUCAGGAGGGUUGAUGAUGUUAUGUCUCCACUCCCCCCUUUCAUAUCAGAAUCAUUUCAUAUUUAUGUGUAACAUGUCUGUCGUGUAACAAAUUAGGUUUCAGAAGUAUUAUUUUACAGUAAAUUGGUUGUUAAUCCCUUUAUUACAUUCUAGGAGGAAAAAAUUUGAAUAAGUAUAAUUUUAUAUGAUAUGAAGUAUAACAGAUUAAGUGGGGAAAUGACAUCUUUGACUGGCUCAUUUCACAUUCAUUUAUCAUCAUUAUUAUUAUUAUUAUUCAGUAUCAUUGUGAUCAUUAGUGAUAGUAGUAGUAGUAGGAGUAGUAGUAGUAGUAGUAGUAGUAGUAGCAGCAGCAGCAGUAGUAGUAGUAGUAGUAGUAGUAGUAGUAGUAGUACAUAUAGUAGUAGUAGUAGUAGUAAUAGAAGUAGUAGUAGUAGUAGUAGUAGUAGUAGUAGUAGUAGUAGUAGUAGUAGUAGUAGUAGUAGUAGUAGUAGUAGUAGUAGUAAUCAUAUGAGUUCUGCGUUACAAACAAUACAAUGCAUGGUAUAGAAUAUGUUAACACAAUCGUGAGCGGAUAGGCUUGAAAUUGAUGAUGGCCGCAUAACUGAUCACUUUUGCAAGCGAAUCAGCGUUGCAAGUGAGCUAGGUGAGCAAGCUAAAUAUUGACCUUUUUUAAAUGAAAAUCUAAUUCUGUGAUCGAUUUUGACAAAUAUUAAGAAUAAUUAGAUCAUAUUUUACACUUUUUAUUCUGUAAUCUGCAUGGUCUCUCUUCCUUCCUUUAUUUGUGGUUCUUGGUCGUUCAACAUUUUAAGAGUACCAAGCUCCCCCAAACCCCUAUGCCUAUCUGUUCGGUUGAUAGAAAAGAUUUUUAUACUGCAAAAGAAGGUUAUCCGGAUCAUUUGUAAUGCUCCAAUAUACGCUCUCAUACUAAUUCUUUAUUUUUCGAAAACAAGAUUUUAAAAAUUAAGGAUUUAUAUUCAUUUCAACUAGGUCAGUUUAUGUAUCAAUAUAAUAGCAAUAAUUUACCUAUUGUUUUUCAUGACAUGUUUCAUAAAAAUGAGAGCAUUCAUAAAUACCCAACUAGGCAAUCAGAUGAAUUCCAUUUACCGCUUUUCAGGACGUUCAAAGCCAAAAAUACUUGUAUUUAUGAAGGCCCAAAAUUUUGGAAUUCCCUUCAUAACGACUUUAAAAAUUCCCCCUCUAUGUAUUUGUCGAAAACAAGAUUUUAAAAAUUAAGGAUUUAUAUUCAUUUCAACUAGGUCAGUUUAUGUAUCAAUAUAAUAGCAAUAAUUUACCUAUUGUUUUUCAUGACAUGUUUCAUAAAAAUGAGAGCAUUCAUAAAUACCCAACUAGGCAAUCAGAUGAAUUCCAUUUACCGCUUUUCAGGACGUUCAAAGCCAAAAAUACUUGUAUUUAUGAAGGCCCAAAAUUUUGGAAUUCCCUUCAUAACGACUUAAAAAAUUCCCCCUCUAUGUAUAUAUACUUUUAAAAGAAAGUUAAAAUCUUUCUUACUGAAAUCCUAUAAUCACGUCUAAAAAAUACAUCAUCACAGAUUUAUAUAUUUUUUCACCGUUCCUUUUCACCCAUGCGCUACUUUGCUUCUGUUUGUCUACACUCCUCUCUCUGUAGCUCAUAUGCAGUUCUCACAUUCAUUCCUCACCCCCCCCCCCUUUCCUCUCUCAUUCAUCCGCUUUCUAUCUUUAGUUUCUCAUUCCUUAGUUUUUUGCGUAAUUUUCGUAUAUUUUGGUUAUUUAAUAUUUUAUUUUAAUGAUGUCUCCUGUUGGCGAUCAUGGUUUAUAUUUUGAUUAAUUGUAUAUAUAAAAUUUAUUUCUCGCUUGUCAUAUUUUGAGGAGCCCACAAUAUACAACCUUUUUUUCUUUUUAGUGGGAUCCUCCAUUUUCACAAAUUGUAAAUCACAAAUCCUUUACACAAGAUUAUUUUGUAUGUAACUUUCUUAUAACAUGUCUUUUUCAAGUUGAUUUUAUGACCUUGGUAUAUUUUUUAUGAUGUCGACUUGUUAUGAUUGUAUUUAUUUGAUUUAUAUUUUGUUGAAAAUGAAAUAAAUGAAAUGAAAGGAAUGCAACACAGUUAAGAUAACCCUUUUUGCAGGAGAGAAAAUAAUCAAGGUUAUCAUUCUAUGGGAUGGAGACGAAGAUGUAUCUGCGGGAGUUAAACCAUUUAAAUAUGUUGAUCAAUUUAUGAUUGUCAGAUUAAAAUCAGAAUGAAGCGAA